UUUGUUACUAUUUUAUUUAUCUUCUCCUUUCUUGUUUCUCUAUAUUGUUUAAUCUUUAAUUCUUCAUUGAUAUCAUUUCUUCUCUCUCGAACAAAUAAGACAUUCUCAAUUUUAUUGGGUGAUAUUUGAAGUUUUGGGCAUUUGAUUACAUCUUUAUGUAAACAACAAAUAUGAAAUACUAAUCCACUUAGAGAAAUAGCUGGAAGAAGAUUUCACCUGUGCACAUACUUCAGUUGCAUGUGGCUUUUCAUUAAUCUGAUGUGAGUCACAUUGGCCCAAAGUACAGCCUGUUCAGCUGGUAGCAAGGUAACAGUAUAUGUUUUAAAAUGUCUAUUUGAGGUUGUGUGUAGUGGUUGCAUUUACUCGUUGUUUUUACUUGAAAUGUUAUGAUACCAUUUUUGAAAGCCCACAUUGGUAUAGUGAGUUAGAAAGACUGGCGGGUCUGUCUGAGUUUUCACUGGCUUUAUUCUACAUGAAUGCCUCUGUCAUUGCAUCAGAGGGAGGAGGAAAGGUAUCAGCAUUGCAGAACAAAGCCAAUUUUCCGUGUUUACUUAUUUUUAACGGGUAUGGACAAUCACUUGAUGGCAUUUAUGCCAAUCAUUUAUGAAGCUAUUGAUGUUUAUGUGCGUUCCACCAUGCAAUUAGCCAAUGUACUAAGAAAAUCAGGUGGUCUAAUCUUUUUUUGGUGUUUAUAAGAAAUGCUUAGCAGCAAUCAAGGACUCUUUGUUAAUUAAACUUGUCCAGCUUUAUUAAUUGAACUUGUUUGACAGGCUGAAAUUAAAUGUUGCUGUGACUAUUUAAUCGUUUCUGGGACUGUGUUGUUGGUCAGUAGCAGAGCUGUGUUUUCUCUGUGUGAGAGUAAUGAAUUACAGAAAGCUGUAGGUUCCCUUUAAAAAUAAUAUUAGCUUUAUAUCCUUCACCUUAGCAUAGCCAUCAAGUUUUAUUUUUUUCAGGUUGCUGUUUUCUUUUGAUUCUGUUUCAUUUCUAUUUUGACCUUAAUUUGGUGCAUUUUGUAUUCUUUCUGAUAACCUCUGGAGGGUGGAAGGGGCAAGUUCAGAGCCAUGAAACUGCUUUGAGGAGGUCCUUCAGCACCCAUGAGGUUGUGUCAGAGCUAUAAUGUGUUAAAGACUGACACAGUGCAGUCCAGUGGGAAGUGGGCCUAAUGAAAUACUGUUCUGUAAUAGAUUCAUAGAUUCAGGGUAGAAUUCAGUAGUUUUGGAUUCUUGGAAACUAUUGCAUUCUGAAAAUGCUAACGCUUGUCCUUUUGUUUUCAUGAAAGUAGCUUCAUUUAUCAGAAACUUCUAGAUGAGAUUCCAACUUGCAGUAGUCCAGCAGAGAAGCUGGUCCAUUGGGCCUCGACUUUUGUUGAGAAUGACAUUAGGAGCAGAAAUCACUAACCAGCUCAAGGCUUCUUCAUACAUAGCAUCAGGCCGAAACCUCUUGAGAUGGGACCUGUCGCCAGAGCAAAUUAGAACAAGAACAGAAGAACUAAUCAGGAAGACAAAACAUGUGUAUGACAUCGUUGGGAAGCUUAAUAUUGAAGAAGUGACACAUGAAAAUACUUUACAGGCCUUGGCAGAUAUAGAAGUGGAAUAUGCAGUGGAAAGAAGCAUGUUGGAUUUUCCCCAGCAUGUCUCACCUGAUAAAGAGGUACGCUUAGCAAGUACAGAAGCUGACAAAAAGCUUUCCAAUUUCGAUGUGGAGAUGAGCAUGAGGGAAGAUGUGUUUCAGAAGAUUGUUUAUUUGCAGCAAACCUGCAAUUUUGAAAAUGUAAAGCCUGAAACAAAGCGGUACCUAGACAAAUCAGUUCAAGUGGGAAAAAGAAAUGGACUCCAUCUUCCUAAAGAAGUACAACAUGAAAUAAUGAUGAUGAAGAAAAAAUUAAGUGAGCUGUGUAUAGACUUCAACAAAAAUCUGAAUGAGGAAAACAUGUUUCUUGUAUUUUCCAAAGAGGAGCUCGAAGGCCUUCCUGAUGACUUUAUUAAGAGUUUAGAGAAGACUGAGGAAGACAAAUAUAAAAUAACUUUAAAAUAUCCUCACUAUUUUCCUGUUAUGAAGAAAUGCUGCAUUUCAGAAACCAGGAGAAAAAUGGAAUCUGCCUUUAACACAAGGUGCAAAGAGGAGAACACAAAAAUUCUUCAGCAGUUGCUUCCACUAAGGGCAAAAGUAGCAGAGUUGCUUGGUUAUAAUACACACGCCAACUUUGUUCUGGAGGUAAACACUGCAAAGAGCACAGAUAACGUAACAACCUUCUUAGAUGAUUUGAGUAAGAAGCUAAAGCCACUGGUUGAGAAGGAAAGAGAAUUCAUUCUAGAUUUGAAGAAAAAGGAGUGUCAAGAGAGAAACUGUGAUUAUGAUGGAAGAAUCAAUGCAUGGGACCUUCAUUAUUAUAUGAACAAAACAGAAGAGCUGAAGUACUCCAUAGAUCAAGAAAAGCUGAAGGAAUACUUCCCAAUUGAGGCUGUUACGGAAGGCUUAUUGAAUAUUUACCAGAGGCUACUUGGACUUGUAUUUGAGCGAGUAGAAAGUGCUCAUGUUUGGCAUGACAGUGUUACUCUUUAUACAGUAAGGGACAAUUCAACAGGAGAAACGUUAGGGCAGUUCUAUUUGGACCUUUACCCUCGAGAGGGAAAGUAUGGGCAUGCAGCAUGCUUUGGUCUCCAGCCUGGCUGUCUUCUCUCUGAUGGCAGUAGAAUGAUGUCUGUGGCUGCUCUAGUAACCAAUUUCACAAAACCAGGAUCAGAUCGCCCAUCAUUGCUGCGACAUGAUGAAGUAAAGACAUACUUCCAUGAAUUUGGUCAUGUAAUGCAUCAGAUAUGUGCACAGACUGAUUUUGCUAGGUUUAGUGGAACUAAUGUGGAAACUGACUUCGUAGAGGUACCUUCACAAAUGUUUGAGAACUGGGUGUGGGAAAAAGAACCACUACAGCAAAUGUCAAGACAUUACAAAGAUGAGAGCCAUGUUGAAGAUGCUCUCCUUGAGAAACUUGCUGCAUCUAGGCUGGCUAAUACAGGUCUUUUAACGCUCCGCCAGAUUGUUUUGAGCAAGGUUGACCAGGCGCUUCAUACAAAGCCAUCUGUUGACCCGGGAGAUGAAUAUGCCAAAUACUGUAUGGAGAUCCUAGGAAUUCCUGCAACCCCAGGAACAAACAUGCCAGCUACCUUUGGACACCUGGCAGGUGGUUAUGAUGGACAGUACUAUGGAUACCUCUGGAGCGAAGUGUUUUCCAUGGACAUCUUUUAUAGCUGCUUUAAGCAAGAAGGCAUAAUGAAUCCGAAGGCUGGGAUGAAAUACAGAAAUCUUAUUUUGAAACCCGGAGGAUCUUUGGAUGGGAUGGAUAUGCUUCAGAAUUUCUUGGAGCGCAAACCAAGCCAGAGAGCUUUCCUGCUGAGUAAGGGACUAUGUGUUCAGUAAAACUAUGGUUUCUUUGUAGUGACAUGUACGUAUGGAAUGAGCUGGAAAUGUCAAUGUGUUUCAUAUUUUAACUGUGUAUCAUUUUAGACAAAUUGGGUUACUUUUUCAUGAUUUUUUUUAAAUGAAAAUGUGAUUUUUAAAUUGCACGGGACUACAAAAUGCAAACAUCAGGGAAGAAGAAAUCUGAGAUGUCCAGAAGCUGAGAAAUUUCGUAGUAAUUUCUUUUUUGAAUUGUUAAACUAAUCAGUAUGGGGAUAUGAUGCCUUGUUUCUCUUUCAGUAGAUGCACUUAAACUGUCUUGUGAAUGAAUCUUAAAACUGGGGAUAAAAAGGGACACUACCAGCAAUAAAAGAAACAUUCAUUUAUA